AAAUUAUUAAUUUUGUGCUCCUUCACUCUCUGUCUCCCGAGCUUCCCAGAGAAAAAAUGUCAGUGCCAGUGCAGCCCACUCGAUUCGAGCUCUAAUUGAUCAGUUCUGUUGUGAUAGCUGAAGUUGAAACGACCAGGAUUUGUCUCGCUUGUGGUGAUUGGCAAAUCGCAUCGAAAUCUCUCCGUCCGGACUGGUUUUUGUGUUGAAUAUCUGGGUUGCUAUCGAAUUUUAGGGCUCUUGUGGUUUCCGUUCUUGGUUUCCAGUGGUAUUUCCUUUAGGACACGCUGGCUAUGGACUACGAGCCCUACGACAGUAGCGGUACUGAUGAUGAUCUUCCUCCAUCACAUCAGAACAGAAUGUCUAGAGGGGGACGAAUAGCGGCUAAUGGAAGAUCUAUAGCAGGUUCUGUGCCUUACCCGAGGAUGUAUGGUGAAACUGAUAUGGAGACCCAAAUCCACCAACUUGAGCAAGAAGCAUAUAGUUCAGUUCUAAGAGCCUUUAAAGCUCAAGCUGAUGCCAUUACUUGGGAGAAGGAAAGUUUGAUAACUGAACUUCGAAAAGAGUUGAGAUUGUCAAAUGAGGAGCACAGAGAGCUUCUAGCCCGAGUAAAUGCUGAUGACACAAUACGAAGGAUAAGGGAGUGGAGGCAAGCAGGUGGGCAUCAACCUGGCAUGCUUAGUACUGGUCAAGCAGUUCAUGAUUCAAUGCCUACUUCGACUGUCUCUGCAUCUCGCAAGAAACAGAAGUUUGCACAGUCAGUUCAACCACAAUCGUUUGGUGGACCAUCUCCAGCAUUUCAUGCACAAGCUGUUGCUGCUUCUCACCAACCAUCAUCAUCAGCUGCUAAGAGAGGAUCUAUCUCUGGUUUGAAGGGGAAGAAGCAAAAACCGGGUAUGCCCGGUGCAUCUUCGAAGUCUAUUUCUUAUACUCCCUCUGGUCCAAGUGGUAGGGGUCAAGUUACUCGAGUAUCUUCAGGAGCUGCUCCUGAAGGAACUGGUUUUGACCCGUUGAUUGGCAGGAAAGUGAAAACUCGUUGGCCCGAUGACAAUAACUUUUAUGAAGCUGUUAUAACCGACUACAAUCCAGUUGAGGGACGGCAUGCUUUGGUCUAUGAUAUGCAUACUCAAAAGGAGACAUGGGAAUGGGUUAAUCUCUCAGAGAUAUCUCCUGAUGAUAUACAGUGGGUGGGUGAGGACCCUGGAAUAUCUCGUCGUGGUUAUGGUGGACCAGGUCAUGGGAUGAAUAGGGGUAUAGGCCGUGAUGGAGUUCCAGGGUCAGGAAGAGGUAGAGGUGUCCCAAAAGGUCAUUCCAGAAAAGAUUUAUUGCCAUCGCAGAAUGGUGUUGGAAAGAAAGCACCGGAUGAUAUACGAAUUCUUCACACAGAGACUCUGAUCAAGGAGGUGGAGAGGGUAUUUUGUGCCAGACCCCCGGAUCCUGUUGAAGUUGAGAAAGCGAAGAAAGUGCUGAAGGAGCAUGAGCAAGCACUUAUCGAUGCGAUUUCAAGGCUUACAGAUCUAUCUGAUGGUGAAAGUGAUGAGGGUGGUCCUCAGUAUUCGCGUGGGCAUUCCAUGGGUUGAGGAUGACAGAAACAGUUUCUGAUAGUAGACAGCAUAACUUCACACUUUUGUUGCUAAAGUGGUUUUAGCUUGCUACUUUUGCUAUGCCAACGAGGUUAAUGGAGGGAGAUUCUUGAGCCAUCGGAGAGAUCUGAUUUUGAAGUUACUUUCAUGUCUGCUGCCAUCCCACAAAAAAGCAUCUCCCAACAUGGGAUGACUAUGGGUUCGGGUUUCUGAAUUAGUUCCUACUGUAGGAAGGAAAUUGUUGCAGGUCAUUUGAUUUCUUUGUUAACGUCUGCAGAUUCACAAGUGAAAGGCCAAUGCUUUCUAGGGUUAUAAAAAAAGAGAGGCUAAUGCUUUUGUAACAUUAUUAUCUGAUUAGCAAUUUGCUUAGUACUUAAUGUGUUCGUGUAUAAAGCGUGUCUUGUGCUACCUCAA